AUGGAGAAGACCUAUUCUUUAACAGCUCAUUACGACGAGUUCCAAGAAGUUAAGUACGUGAACAAAUUUAGCUCCGGCACUCUGCACAAUGGUUUAAACCUUCACCUCAGCUCUCGCAAACACGAUAGGAACGGCAAAAGUAGAAGGGGGGAGUUGCGAUGGAGCAAGCGAGAGAUUUGCCUGCUUUCCGGCUUAGUGUUUGCCACGGGGCUGUGUAUCAUUCUGGCGAGUAUGCUGGUCCUCAAGUACUUCGCUUCAGAACAAGAGAUUCACUGCCGGGAGGACUGCAGCCGCAAGAAGACCUUCACAAAGGCGGCCCGCCUGAUUGCCAGCAACAUCGACCCCACCAUUGACCCGUGCAAAGAUUUUUACACUUUCUCCUGCGGGAGCUGGCUCAGGAGACACGGUAUUCCCGAGGACAAACUCAGCUAUGGCACCGUCACUGCCAUCGCUGAGCAGAACGAAGCCAAACUGCAACGGCUCCUCAUGCAACCGGUCAAGAGAUACUACAGGAGGUCCGCCGAGAGGAAGGUCAAGCAGUUUUACAAAUCCUGCAUCAACAUGAAAGAGAUCGACCGGCUGGGAGCGCAACCCAUGCUGGACAUUAUUGAAGGUUGUGGAGGGUGGGACAUCAUUGGCACCUGGAAGAGAACGGCAUGGAGUUUUGGUGAACUUUUGUACAAAACCCAAGGAGUGUACAGCACAGCCGCCUUCUUCUCUUUAAAUGUGAACGUGGACGAUAAAAAUUCUUCCCGGAAUGUGAUCAGAAUUGAUCAAGAUGGACUCACACUGCCAGAAAGGACUCUUUAUUUUGGGCAAGAUGAAGAAAGUGAAAAGAUUCUGAUAGCAUACAAAGAUCUGAUGGAAAAAUUAGUAAGUCUGCUCGGGGGAGAUAAUGCCAAAAAGAAGACUGAAGAGAUAUUACAGUUAGAGAUGCACUUGGCAAAUAUAACAAUUUCGGAAUCGGAUACUCUGCGAAGAGACAUCAAUACUAUGUACAACAAAAUCACUUUGAGAGAGUUGCAGCGCAUUGCACCAGCUGUUCAAUGGAAACAUUUACUGGACAGAAUAUUCCAUGAUAACCUUUCACAGGAUGAAGAAAUUGUAGUACUUGCCACUGAUUACAUGCAGAGAGUUUCAGAACUUAUAUCAAAGACUUCUCCAAGAGUACUGCAUAAUUACAUGAUUUGGCGCAUUGUAGUUGCUCUGAGUGAACAUCUUUCCACGCCAUUCAGAGAUGCUAUUCAUGAGUUCUCUAAAGAAUUAGAUGGCACAGAGAAACAGAUUGAUCUGGAUAAAAUGUGCUUAAACCAAGCCAACAAACAAUUUGGGAUGGCUCUGGGAGCUCUUUUUGUUGAAGAAUACUUCUCAUCUUCCAGCAAAAUAAAAGUACAACAACUAGUUAAAGACAUUAAACACGCAUUUGAUCGUCAACUAGAUGAAUUAGAUUGGAUGGAUGAAGAGACAAAAGAAGCAGCAAGAGCAAAGCUUCAGUAUAUGAUGGUCAUGAUUGGAUAUCCAGACUUUUUAUUAAUAACGAAUGCCGUUGAUAAUGAAUAUGGUUUCGAAGUGAAUGAGAAGACUUAUUUUAAAAAUGUGCUUAACAGCAUUAUGUACAAUAUAAAGCUGUCAGUGAAAAAAAUACGGCAACAAGUGGACAAGACUGCAUGGCUGCUUCCUCCUCAAACACUAAAUGCUUAUUACUUAUCCACACAAAACCAAAUGGUAUUUCCAGCUGGGAUACUGCAGCCGCCACUUUAUGAUCCUGACUUUCCUCAGUCCUUGAACUAUGGAGGUAUUGGAACUAUUAUAGGACACGAGUUGACACAUGGUUAUGAUGACUGGGGGAGUCAUUAUGAUAAAUAUGGCAAUCUGAAAAAAUGGUGGACAGAAGGAUCCUAUGAUAAAUUUAUUAUGAGAGCACAAUGCAUUGUCAAUUUAUAUGGAAACUUUACUGUUUACGACCAAAGGGUCAAUGGCCAACUUACACUUGGAGAAAACAUUGCUGAUAUGGGAGGACUUAAACUUGCAUACUAUGCAUAUCAGAAAUGGGUUCGUGACCAUGGUCCUGAACGUCCACUUCCAGGCCUAAAAUAUACCCACAACCAACUUCUCUUCAUUGCAUUUGCACAAAAUUGGUGCAUGAAGAGAAGAUCACAGUCCAUCUACCUACAGCUGCUUACUGAUAAACAUGCCCCAGAACACUGCAGGGUUCUUGGAAGUGUUUCCCAGUUUGAUGAAUUUGGAAGGGUAUUCCAUUGUCCUAAAAGAGCUCCAAUGAAUCCAGUUGAAAAGUGUUCAGUGUGGUGA